UUAAAUAGAUUGGGUUGAAUCAAUAACACUAACUGAAGCUUCGUUUAUUAUGGCACCCAACAAAAGGCCACAUGAGAAAUUAUUCGGCGACAUGAUUCCGUUAAACUGUGGCAUAUUCUCUCGGCGCCCUGCCAUCAUUUUGACCUCAACUUUUGGCUGCUCAUUGUUUGCCUUUAAUCUUCAACAUUAUAUCGUCUCGCCAUAAUAUUCUAUUUCUUUUCCUCUUUCCCCCACCUGUUAUUUUCCUCUGCUCUGGAUUGGAUCAUCAUUCUUUCCCACACUCGUGUCUAAUUCCCCCAGCAAAAUCGUUUCGGAUAUGGAUCUCUGCACCGUAAAUCUCAAGAACACCGCCACCUUCUCACUCAAACAACCCAUUUCUCCCAGCCUGCCGAAGACUACGAGGAGAUUUUCCUCUUCACAUCUCUUUGGCGCUCAUCUUCUGCGCCUGCUUGAGAUCCCACUUUUCAGGCCUUCUGCUUCUCGCUCUUUUCUGGUCACAGCAGUUGCCAAGAAGAAUCGCGACAAUUCUCCCUCUCCUGGAAAUGGUGACCAUUCGGUACCUGGAGAUGACGCUAAAUCAAACAAUAUUUCUGAUGCCAACAAAACUAAUGAAUCUUCUUCCCAAAAAUCACAUCAUAUUAAUUUGGACUGGAGAGAAUUCAGAGCAAACCUAUUUGCUCGUGAGCAGGCAGAGAAGGUGGAAAAUGCAAAGGGUGACGCUCACGAGUGUAGGCCUCUGGGCCUGAAGUGGGCACAUCCCAUUCCUGUGCCUGAGACUGGGUGUGUCCUUGUGGCCACAGAGAAGUUGGAGGGUGUUCGCAGUUUUGAGCGAACAGUCAUUCUUCUCCUCAGAUGUGGAAACAGACAUCCUGAGGAGGGGCCAUUUGGGGUUGUGAUUAAUUCCCCGCUCCACAAAAAGAUCAAGCAUAUGAAUCCAACCAAUCUUGACUUAGCAACUACAUUCUCUGAUUGCUCUCUACACUUUGGAGGGCCUGUUGAGGCGAGCAUGGUUUUGAUGAAAACAGGAGAAAAAUUGGAACUCCAUGGGUUUGAAGAAGUGAUCCCAGGCCUCUGCUUUGGCGCUCGAAACAGCCUUGAUGAAGCUGCAAUGCUGGUGAAGAAGGGAAUCCUUAAACCUCAGGACUUCAGAUUCUUUGUGGGCUAUGCUGGGUGGCAACUGGAUCAAUUGAGGGAGGAGAUUGAAUCAGAUUACUGGCAUGUGGCUGCUUGUAGCUCAAAUCUAAUUAGUGGCGCCGCAUCAGAGGGACUCUGGGAGGAGAUUUUGCAGUUAAUGGGUGGUCACUAUUCAGAGUUGAGCAGAAAGCCCAAGCAAGAUAUGUAGCUACCUAUUUAUUUCAAGGAACACUCAAAAUUCUGAACUCAAAUGCGUAAUCUAAGUUAAGCAAAAAGCCAUAAAAAGCUGGAAGCCAAAUGUACAGAAGUUAGCUCGCUUUUGAAAUUUAGAACACAUCAUCCCUUUCUAAGCACAGCAACGCUCUUUCUAUAGCUAUUUAUAAAUGUAAUUUAUGGUAGAGUAUAUUGCAGUGAAUCUGUUCGCAUUUGCUUGA